AUGCCCUUGUUCGAAAUUUCCAGAAUGGAUAGUCCCCCAAAGCUGACUGGAGAGACCCUCAUCGUCCACCACAUCCCCCUGGUGCACUGUCAAGUCCCAGACAGACAGUGCUGUGGAGGGGCAGGUGGGGGUAGUGGGAGCACAAGAUCCAAUCCCUUCUGCCCACCUGAGCUGGGCAUCACCCAGCCUGAUCAAGACCUAGGACAAGCUGACUCGCUGCUAUACAACAGUCUGCACUCUGCUCCGGGGGGAUCUGCGCGGUCUGCAGACAGCACGAAGAGUAGGGUGCGGGAUGGAAGAGGCCCCGGGGCCCCUAAACGACACAAUCCCUUCCUGCUACAGGAAGGUGUGGCUGAGCCAGGACUUGGUGACCUAUAUGAUGACAGCACUGGUGAUAGUGCCACCCAGCAGUCCUUCCACCUGCAUGGGGCUGGUCAGCCCACCUUACAUCUGUCCCCUUUCCAGCUGCCACCACCUGGCCCUAGAGUGAGCAGGCCAUGGGGGGCAACACGUAGUCGGGCUGGAGUAGUGGAAGGGCAGGAGCAGGAGCCAGUGGCCACCUUGGAUACCCAGCAGUGCAGCACCAGCCACUGCUGCCGGCCAGAACUGGAAGCAGAGACCAUGGAACUGGAUGAGUGUGGGGGGCCUGGUGGGAGUGGCAGUGGGGGUGGAGCCAGUGAUACCUCUGGCUUUUCCUUUGAUCACGAAUGGAAACUCAGUUCAGAUGAAUCCCCAAGGAACCCAAGAUGCUCAGGCUCAGGACCUCAGCACUGCCGCUGCAGUAGCACAUCCAGUCAGUCUGAGGCGGCUGACCAGUCCAUGGGCUAUGUGAGUGACUCCUCCUGCAACAGCUCAGACGGUGUGCUGGUCACCUUCAGCACCCUCUACAACAAGAUGCAUGGCAACUCCCGUGCCAAUCUCAACUCCGCCCCACAGUCUUGCAGCAACUCUUCCUUCUGCAGCCACUCAGACCCUGGCGCCUUCUACCUGGACCUGCAGCCCUCCCCAGCUGAGUCUAAGAUGUCUUGUGAGUCCCACCACCCCGACAGUGGGGGAAGGGAGGGGAGCUAUGGCUGUCCUCAUGCCUCGUCUCCUGAGCUCGAUGCCAACUGCAACUCCUACCGCCCACACUGUGAGCCCUGCCCAGCUGUGGCUGACCUCACAGCCUGCUUCCAGAGCCAGGCCCGUCUUGUUGUGGCCACACAGAAUUACUAUAAACUUGUCACCUGUGACCUGUCCUCCCAAUCAUCCCCAAGCCCAGCUGGCUCUUCCAUCACCAGCUGCUCUGAGGAACACACCAAGAUAAGCCCGGCACCAGGCCCUGGUCCAGACCCUGGCCCCAGCCAGCCCUCUGAGUAUUACCUAUUCCAGAGGCCAGAAGUCCAGCCAGAGGAGCAAGAAGCAGUGGGUUCCUCAGUGGAAGCAGCAGCUCCUGUGGGCCCUGCUGUGAUCGAGGGGCAAGUGUACACUAACACUUCACCCCCCAACCUUAGCACUGGACGCCAGCGCUCUCGAAGCUGUGAUCGCACCCUGGCACGCAGCCCUCCUGUCCGCCUGGGCUCACUGGAACGCAUGUUGAGUUGCCCAGUGCGCCUGAGUGAGGGUCCUACAGCCCUCGCUGGGCCUGGCUCCCCGCCUAGGCGGGUCACCUCCUUCGCCGAGCUCGCCAAAGGCCGGAAGAAAGCUGCAGGCUCUGGCUCUCCGCCACUUCGACUGAGCAUCGGAGAGUCCUCCCAGGAGUUCUCACCCAUCCAAGAAGCCCAACAAGAUAGGGUGGGCCCACUGGAUGAGGGCGUUCGCUGUAGCCAUAGCCUACCACCCAUGCCUUCGGGGCCAGGCAUGGACCUAGUUGGCCCAGAGCCCUGGUCCACCCAGGUCUGUCAGGGCCCCCAGUCCAAUGAGAUGCCACCUACUGGCCUCAGAGCUGCUGGGCAAGGCCCCCUGGCCCAGCUGAUGGAUCCAGGGCCUGCUCUCCCAGGGAGCCCAGCCAACAGCCAUACACAGAAGGAUGCAAGAGCUAGAGCUGACGGAGGUGGUGCUGAGAGCCGACCAGUCCUUCGCUACAGCAAGGAGCAGAGGCCUACCACGCUGCCCAUCCAGCCCUUCGUGUUCCAGCACCACUUCCCCAAGCAGUUGGCCAAGGCCCGAGCCCUCCACAGCCUUUCCCAGCUCUACAGCCUCUCUGGUUGUGGCCGUGCACAGCAGCCUGCCCCACUGGCUGCCCCCACUGCUCAAGUUCCAGCCUUAGCUCCCUCAGGGGAGUCACAGGCACCCACCAACAGAGGUGCCAGGAAAGCUGGUCCUGAGCUAGAAACCUCACGGCCGUCACCCCUGGGUAGCUACUCUCCCAUCCGCAGUGCUGGCCCCUUUGGGCCCAGCACCGAUUCUUCUGCUUCCACCUCGUGCUCCCCUCCUCCAGAGCAGGCCACAGCCACAGAAAGCUCACCCCCAUGGAGCCACUCCUGUCCUCCUGUUGCCCGGCCUGCCACCUCGCAGCAGCCACAGAAGGAGGAUCAGAAGAUACUGACCUUGGCUGAGUACCGUCUCCAUGGAACAGGAAGUUUGCCUCCUCUGGGCUCCUGGAGAUCUAGCCUCAGUCGAGCAGAAAGUCUAGCCCGGGGAGGUGGUGAGGGCAGCAUGGCCUCCAGGCCCAAUAAUGCCAACCACCUGUCCCCUCAAGCACUCAAGUGGCGGGAAUACAGGAGGAAGAACCCACUAGGGCCACCUGGAUUGUCAGGGAGCCUAGACCGAAGGCCGCAGGAAGCUCGACUAGCCCGAAGGAACCCCAUCUUUGAAUUCCCUGGCUCCUUCAGUGCUGCUGGCCAUCUGAACUGCCGGAUGAAUGGUCAAGUAGUAAAGCCAUUACCACUGACCUGCCCUGACUUCCAAGACCCCUUUUCCUUGACUGAGAAGCCUCCAGCUGAGUUUUGUCUGUCCCCAGAUGGCAACUCAGAGGCCAUUUCCAUUGACCUACUUCAGAAAAAAGGGCUGGUGAAAGCAGUUAACACUGCUGUGGACCUCAUUGUGGCCCAUUUUGGCACAAGCCGGGAUCCUGGGGUGAAGGCAAAGCUGGGGAAUAGUUCUGUGAGCCCCAAUGUGGGCCACCUGGUUCUGAAGUACUUGUGCCCUGCGGUCCAGGCUGUGCUGGAGGAUGGGCUCAAGGCCUUUGUGCUAGAUGUCAUCAUUGGGCAACGUAAGAACAUGCCGUGGAGUGUGGUUGAGGCUUCCACACAGCUGGGCCCGUCUACCAAGGUCCUGCAUGGCCUCUACAACAAAGUCAGCCAAUUCCCAGAGCUCACCAGUCACACCAUGCGUUUCAACGCCUUCAUUCUUGGCCUGCUCAACAUCCGGUCCCUGGAGUUCUGGUUUAACCACCUCUAUAACCACGAAGAUAUCAUCCAGACCCACUACCAGCCGUGGGGCUUCCUGAGUGCAGCACACACUGUGUGCCCUAGCCUCUUUGAGGAGCUGCUGCUGCUGCUACAGCCCCUGGCCCUGCUGCCCUUCAGCCUUGACUUGCUGUUCCAGCACCGGCUGCUGCAAAGUGGGCAGCAGCAGCGGCAGCACAAGGAGCUGCUGCGGGUGUCCCAGGACCUACUGCUGUCCGCCCACUCAACAUUGCAGCUGGCCCGGGCUCGGGGCCAGGAGGGCCCUAGAGACACGGACAGGGCAGUCCAUGGGGAGCGGGUGAAGGGUGUGGGUGCCUCAGAAGGUGGAGAGGAUGAAGAGGAAGAGGAGACAGAAGAGGUGGCAGAGGCAGCUGGGGGCCCAGGGCGUGGCAGGUGGGCCCGAGGCGGGCAGGCCGGCUGGUGGUACCAGCUCAUGCAGAGUUCCCAGGUCUACAUCGAUGGCUCAGCUGAGUGCUCUAGGUUUCCCCGUGGUGGCAGCAGUAGCAGCAGUGAGAAAAAGAAAGGGUCAGGAAGUGGGGGGCCACCCCCUCGAGAGGGAGUAGUCGAGGGGGCGGAGGCCUGCCCUGCCCCUGAGGAGACCCUUGGCCGGGAUAGGGGCUGGCCCUUCUGGAUGGGGAGCCCACCUGAUUCUGUGCUGGCUGAGCUGAGGCGCAGCCGGGAGAGGGAAGGGUCCACUGCCCCCUCAGCAGAAAAUGAGGAAGGAGCCUCAGAACCUUCACCUGGGGGCAUCAAGUGGGGCCACCUCUUUGGCUCCCGAAAGGCUCAGCGUGAGACCCGGCCCGCAAACAGGCUACCCUCUGACUGGCUGAGCCUGGACAAGUCCAUGUUCCAACUAGUGGCACAGACAGUGGGUGCCCGCCGGGAGCCAGAGCCCAGGGAGAGCCUGCAGGAGCCACCCUCUCCAGCUCUGCCCUCCAAGCCUCCAUGCGAGGUGAAGGCACUGUGCCAUCAUCUGGCCACAGGCCCUGGACAGCUGAGCUUCCACAAGGGAGAUAUCCUCCGGGUGCUGGGGCCAGCUGGAGGAGACUGGCUGCGCUGCAGCCGCGGCCCCGACACCGGCCUGGUGCCACUGGCCUAUGUGACCUUGACCCCAACUCCAAGUCCAACCCCUGGAAGCAGCCAAAACUGA